ACGAUGCACUUGAAGAAGUACCUGCUCAAGGGCCUGCAUCGGCUGCAGAAGGGCCCCGGCUACACAUACAAGGAGCUGCUGGUGUGGUACUGUGACAACACCAACACCCAUGGCCCCAAGCGCAUCAUCUGCGAGGGGCCCAAGAAGAAGGCCAUGUGGUUCGUGCUCACCUUGCUCUUCACCUCCCUCGUCUGCUGGCAGUGGGGCCUGUUCAUCAAGACCUACCUGAACUGGGAGGUCAGCGUCUCCCUCUCCAUCGGCUUCAAGACCAUGGACUUCCCCGCUGUCACCAUCUGCAACGCCAGCCCCUUCCAGUACUCCAAAGUCCAGCAUUUGCUGAAGGACCUGGACGCACUGAUGGAGGCAGUCCUGGGGAGGAUCCUGGGUCCUGAGCUCAGCCAGGUCAAUGCCACCAGGGCCCUGAACCUGUCUAUCUGGCACCACACGCCCCUGGUCUUUAUCAACGAGCAGAACCCCCACCACCCAGUGGUUCUGGACCUGUUUGAGGACAACUUCAAUGGCUCAGCAAGCAGCAGCCCAGCACCAGGAAGGCCCUGCAGUGCCCACAGGUGCAAAGUUGCCAUUAGACUAUGCAGCCACAAUGGAACCACAUGCACCUUCCGGAACUUCAGCAGCGCCACCCAGGCCGUGACGGAGUGGUACACCCUGCAGGCCACCAACAUCUUCGCACAGGUUCCAAACCAGGAGCUGGUGGCCAUGGGCUACCCCGCCGAGCAGCUGAUCCUGGCCUGCCUUUUCGGGGCAGAGCCCUGCAACUACAGGAACUUCACACCCAUCUUCCACCCUGAUUAUGGCAACUGUUACAUCUUCAACUGGGGCAUGACAGAGAAGGCCCUCCCUUCAGCCAACCCUGGAAGUGAGUUUGGCCUAAAACUGAUCCUGGACAUGGGCCAGGAAGACUAUGUCCCCUUCCUCACAUCUACGGCCGGUGCCCGGCUGAUGCUUCAUGAGCAGAGGUCAUACCCCUUCAUCAAGGAAGAGGGCAUCUACGCCAUGGCGGGGAUGGAGACAUCCAUCGGGGUGCUCGUGGACAAGCUGCAGCGCAAGGGCGAGCCCUACAGCCAGUGCACCAAGAACGGCUCUGACGUCCCCAUCCAAAACCUCUACAGCAGCUACAACACGACCUACUCCAUCCAGGCCUGCAUUCGUUCCUGCUUCCAGGAGCACAUGAUUCGGGAAUGUGGUUGUGGCCACUACCUGUACCCGCUGCCCAACGAGAGGAAAUACUGCAACAACCAGGAGUUCCCAGACUGGGCCCAUUGCUACUCGGCCCUGCGCAUCAGCAUGGCACAGAGGGAGACCUGCAUCUACGCCUGUAAGGAGUCCUGCAAUGACACUCAGUACAAGAUGACCAUCUCCAUGGCUGUCUGGCCUUCCGAGGCCUCCGAGGACUGGAUUUUCCACGUCUUGUCUCAGGAGCGGGACCAAAGCAGCAAUAUCACCUUGAGCAGGAAGGGGAUUGUCAAGCUCAAUAUCUACUUCCAAGAAUUCAACUAUCGCACCAUUGAAGAGUCAGCAGCCAAUAACAUUGUCUGGCUGCUGUCGAACCUGGGCGGACAGUUCGGCUUCUGGAUGGGGGGCUCGGUGCUCUGCCUCAUUGAGUUCGGGGAGAUCAUCAUCGACUUUGUGUGGAUCACCAUCAUCAAGCUGGUGGCCCUCGCCAAGAGUGUGCGGCAGAAGCGGGCCCAGGCUCGCUACGAUGGCCCACCGCCCACUGUGGCCGAGCUGGUGGAGGCCCACACCAACUUUGGCUUCCAGCCAGACUCAGCCAUGCCCGGCCCUGACGCGGGGGCCUACCGCCGUGAGCAGAACCCGCCCAUCCCGGGCACACCACCCCCCAACUAUGAUUCCCUGCGCCUGCAGCCGCUGGACGUCAUUGAGUCUGACAGCGAGGGGGAUGCCAUCUAG